AUCGGACAUCUAAAGAGAGGGAGAAAGAGGCUAUUAACCGCGGUCCAUCCAAUGGUGUGGUGCUUUUUAGAGUAGCUGUGGCGACGAGAUUGUGUUGACGGAGGCUGUGAUGGGUUGACAGGUGCGUGACAGUCGCGGUCAGUGCAAGCAUGUAUGCCAAAGGGAAGAGCAGCGUGCCAUCGGACAGUCAAGCCAGAGAAAAGUUAGCUCUCUAUGUGUAUGAAUAUCUGCUACAUGUGGGGGCUCAGAAAUCGGCACAGACCUUCCUUUCAGAGAUCAGAUGGGAGAAGAACAUAACAUUAGGAGAGCCACCAGGGUUCUUGCACUCAUGGUGGUGUGUUUUCUGGGAUCUCUACUCUGCUGCUCCUGAUAGGAGAGAAAUGUGUGAGCACUCAAGUGAAUCCAAAGCUUUUCACGACUAUAGUGCAGCAACAGCACAGAGUCCUGUGAUUGGAAGUCCUCCAGGAGAAGGUAUGCCUAUUCCCCCGGGAUUUUUACAGUUCAUGUCUCCUCGUUACCCAGGUGGGCCUAGAGGUUCUCUCAAAAUACCCAGUCAGGCUUUGAGUCCUGGGAACCAACUCUUCUUAUCCAGUGGGAUGGAUCCUUCAAGACAACCAGGCCAUCCCAACAUGAGUGGGCCCAUGCAGCGAAUGACUACUAGAGGAAUGGUUCCUGUUGGACCACAGAACUAUGGUGGUGGGACGAGACCUCCCCUAAAUGCCUUAGUGGGACCUGGAAUGCCUGGGAUUAACAUGGGUCCUGCAGGAGGAAGACAUUGGCCAAACACUGCAAAUGCCAAUUUGAUUCCUUAUUCAUCUGUGUCUCCAGGCAGUUAUUCGGGUCCCCCAGCAGGAGGAGGCCCUCCAGGCACACCCAUCAUGCCUAGUCCUUCAGGAUCUGGUGACAUUGAAAGCCUCCCAAAGAGCUCACCAGGAAACCUCAGCAUAAAUAAUCAGCAUGGCACACCAAGAGAUGAUGGAGACAUGGGUGGCAACUUCCUCAAUGAUUUUCAGAGUGAAAAUGUAUAUAUGCAAAAAGCUUUUUCUCAUUGGUGUUUAUUACAGCUGUCAUUUAAAACUAUGUACAUGUGUUGCUCUCUCUUUCGGUCUCUCCCUGCAGUAUUCUCCAAACAUGACAAUGACUGUGUGAGAAGUUAUCGCUGGAUUCAAUCAAGAAGCGGAAUCUUUUCUCAACUGGCUUUUUGGUUUUUACUAAUUUUAUCUUUGGUGAACUAUUUUGAAUUAGAGUAUAUAAGUAUACACCAAAUCUGAACAAACCCAAGCAAGCCAUGAAAUGAGGCAGAAGAAGCCUUCAAGCAGCUUUAUAUUUUGACAUUACAUGGUUUAUGUCUGUGUCCUAUCAGCUGUUUGGAAUUACUCCUGGCUGGACUUUCUUUUAUUUUGCCAUUUCCCCAUAGCCCAUCUCAAUUUUGUCUUAAGAUGACUACAGUCCAAAUUAUAAUUUUUUUAUGGAACUUCAGCUGAUGAACUGAGAUUUCUUUUUUUGUUUUUCUUAAUAUUCAUCUAUCAGUGUUUUCUUGAGCUGUGUAUCAAACAUAUGCCAAGGAGAGGGCUGUAUCUCCAUGUAUAUGUUCCAUAGUGAUAACCUUCACUUUAAGAUGCAUUAAUUACACAAAAUAGUUUACACAAUGCCAGAUCUGUUAUUGUUUAACAGCUUGACAGAAAAUCAGUCAUGUUUAUACAUUUAUGUUUAUUUUGUUUUUGAGUGGACUAGACUUUCAAGUAUAUCGUGAGGAAUUUAGGACUUCAGCCUCAAACACCAAAACUGCCAAUUCUGACCAAAAAUUAUAAUAAAUGUUUUUGACAGCCACCAUCAUAGUAAGCUGGAACAUUGCCCUAUAUUAAAUACAUUAAGUUUAGCAAAACCAAAAUGUUGAUUUCAUUUAAAUUGGGUUUCAGCGAAACUAGGUAUCACCACAACAUUUCCUGUCAUUUAUUUUUCCUUUUCUUGUAAAUCUAUGAACAAUUUGGGUAUGCUGAUAUAAAGAUCAUUUUCACCAUUUGUACUCUGUUUUGUGUGCAUCUGGUGGU